AUGCAGUCCAUGCCAUUGCUCCUGCGGCAAUCGCUUCGGUCUAGCCUACAACUCACGCGCACAACCACCCGACCGGUGCAAGUGCCUCAUCUCCGCCCGACACCUCCGAGCGCUUUUCCCGCAAAGCCGACAACUCGCAGCUUCUCUGUUUGCCUCCAAUGCCAGUUUCGACGGCUGCCGGGGUCAUACUCCCCCCUCGAUGAGAAGGAUAAGACAGCGGCGGAGAUAGAGAGGAUCGUUCAGGCUUCGAGGGAGGGUGUUGUGCCUGAUGGUGGGCCAGGCACGGAUGCGGCUGCGGGGAGUCCCCGUGCGAGCUCUACGGAAACCGACGUGCCUUCAGUAGAACAGGCACAGACGAAGAUAGAUGAUAAGAUAUUAUUGGAAGGGAUUGGGCCUGAGGAAGGGCGAGGAAAGGCGCAGAACACAAUUGCCGAGGGCACGCAGACUGGCGGGUUACCCUCCUACUUGGAGAACCGGCGGUCACAAUUGUCGAAACAAUUCACUACGAUGAUGGAUAAUCUGCAAUCCAACGUCUUCGUAGCUGGACAGCGUCUGAACGACCUGACCGGCUACUCGGCUAUCGAGGCCCUCAAGAAGGAUAUCCAAAUACAAGAAACCAGACUCCGUACAGCUCGCGCACAUGUUCGCAAAGCCAAGGAAGACUACACAGCCGCAAUCAACAACCGCUCCACCUCCCAGCGCGAAGUCAACGAGCUUCUCCAGCGCAAGCACGCCUGGUCCCCAACAGACCUGGAGCGUUUCACCCUGCUCUACCGCAACGACCACACCAACGAGGUCGCCGAGACAGAGACGCAGGAGGCCCUGUCUCGUGCGGAGCGUGAGGCUGAAGAGGCCGCUGCAUCGCUGAAUAAGAGCAUUCUCUCCCGUUACCAUGAAGAGCAGGUGUGGUCUGACAAGAUCCGCCGGAUGAGUACCUGGGGUACAUGGGGUUUGAUGGGUAUGAACGUGCUGCUCUUCCUGAUCUUCCAGAUUGCAGUCGAGCCAUGGCGGCGCCGGCGACUCGUCAAGGGCUUCGAGGAUAAGGUUGUUGAAGCGCUGGAGAAGGAGAAGAGCCUGAACCGCAUUGAAGGUGGUGUUUCUUCGUCAGCGGCUUCUGCAAUCCUGCCCGAGGUCAUCGAUUCUACCGUCGAGUCUUCUAUUGCCUCGAUUGAGUCCCCUGCCGCGGAGACUGAGGAGCCUGCUGUUAUUCCCGUGGUUCCUACACCCGAAGCUUCACCCCUCCCUGAACCUAUCCUUGAACAAUCUCUCUACUCUCGCCUUGCUGGCAUCACCUCGCCGCCAAUCUCUCUUGAAUACUGGCGGCAGGUACUAGAUGAGCUAUUCAGUGAACGCGCCGUGGCCACCUCGCAGCGUGAUGUUACCGUGGCUGCUAUGCAGAGCGCCGCAGCCGGUGCGGCUGUGGUGGGCUUGGUGAUUGCUCUCGUGAGACCUCGGUAA